GGCUUGUUUUCAUGAAGUAGCAUUGGUUUCUGGACGACAUCCUAAACCUGUCGGACUGGUUCUUCAAUAUGGAACAGCAGGAUUUCGUGCACGGGCUGAACAACUGGAUCAUGUGAUGUAUCGCAUGGGUUUGCUGGCAGUGUUGAGGUCCAAGAAAACCAAAUCUACUAUUGGUGUAAUGGUCACAGCAUCCCAUAAUCCAGAAGAAGACAAUGGAGUGAAAUUGGUUGAUCCUUUAGGAGAAAUGCUUGCACCUGCAUGGGAAGCAUAUGCCACGCAGCUAGCAAAUGCAGAAGAACAAGAUCUGAAAUCUGUCUUAACCAGUAUUCUUGACAACGAGUCUGUGAACUUGCAGAAAGUAGCUCGGGUUGUUCUUGGCAGAGACACACGGCCUAGUAGUCUAAAUCUUGCCCAAGCUGUUAUUGAUGGAGUAAGUGCCUUAGAUGGAACUUACCAAGAUUAUGGCCUUGUAAGCACCCCACAGCUGCAUUAUAUGGUUUGCUGUUGGAAUACCAUGGAGCAUUAUGGGACUGCCACAGUGGAAGGAUAUUACCAGAAACUUUCUCAGGCCUUUCUUGCAAUGACUAAGCAGCUCUUCAUCCCUCCACCAGACUCAUUCAUUUUUCACUGUAAGGCUUGCAAUACUUGCCAGUCUUGCUCUGUACUUACUCCAUCAUCCAAUAAACUGAAACUGCCAAGGACAUACACCGGCUUUUUUGAGAAUGGCCACAUUAUCUAUAAUAAGACUCCUUACCAUCCAGAAGAAUUACGACAAUUGAAUGUGGACGGAGCAAAUGGUAUUGGUGCACUAAAGCUCCAGGAAUUGGAGCCAUACCUUGAGAAAAAGCUGCAGCUGAAGGUCCAUAAUAAUGGUGUGAAUGGCAAACUGAACUACCUCUGCGGAGCAGAUUUUGUAAAGGUUCAACAGAAGUUACCUCAUGGCUUAUUACACAUUAAGACAAAUGAACGCAGCUGCUCAUUUGAUGGUGAUGCAGACAGAAUUGUAUACUAUUAUAUUGAUGAAUCUGGAUGCUUCCAUCUUCUUGAUGGAGAUAAGAUUGCAACUUUAAUUACUAUAUUUCUGCAGGAGCUUCUUGUCAAGACAGACUUGGACUUGCAGAUAGCAGUAAUUCAGACUGCCUAUGCAAAUGGAAGCUCAACAAGAUACAUCACAGAGGUCAUGAAGGUUCCUGUACACUGUGUAAAUACAGGAGUGAAAUAUUUGCACCAUAAAGCUCAAGAAUUUGAUGUUGGGGUUUAUUUUGAAGCAAAUGGCCAUGGCACAGUACUCUUCAGUAAAACUGCUGAAAAUAAAAUCAGACAGCUGGCUCAAGACAAUAAUCAACUAGUGGAGAGAAUCAAUGCAGCUAAGAUGCUUGAAAAUACAAUUGACUUAAUCAACCAGACAGUGGGAGAUGCCAUAUCAGACCUGCUAACAAUAGAGGCCAUCCUGUCUAUUAAGGGCUUCACAAUCCAGCAAUGGGACUCAAUUUACACAGACCUUCCUAACAGGCAACUAAAAGUGAAGGUGUCUGAUCGACAAAUAAUUGUCACCGUGGAUGCUGGAAAGCGAGUAGUAUCCCCUGCAGGGCUGCAGCAAAAUAUUGAUGCUCUGGUGAAGAAAUACAAUUUGUCACGGGCUUUUGUACGUCCAUCAGGCACAGAAGAUGUGGUCCGCAUUUAUGCUGAAGCUGAAACCCAGAGUAAUGCAGACACUCUUGCACAUGAAGUGAGCCUUGUCGUGUACAAAUUGGCUGGAGGAGUAGGAGAGGAACCAAAGUUGUUGCAUUGAAGAAAACAAGAUAAUUGGUGAAUGUGUCGACGUGCACUCCUUGGGCUAUACUUUAUAUUAAGACUACAAGGAGACACUGGCUGGGGAAGUGGGGAGGUGGAGGUGGGGGUGGGGGUGUUCAGUAACUGGAAUUUGUGAUCCUUUGAAGGUUAAAAUACAUAUUUUGCAUGUUUAUUCCACAAUCAAGUAGUAAUGGUGCUUUCGUGAGAACUGCUGAUUAUAAAAUUUCAUAUUGAAUAGUUGGAAUUCUUUGUUUUGACCUGGAUCUGAAUACAACUAAUAAAAAAAAUACUAGAGCAGGAA